UCCUCACUGCUCUGGGACUUCUCCAGCACCAGCUGGUCUACCUGCUGCUGGUCUACCUGCUGCUGGUCUACCUGCUGCCGGUCUACCUGCUGCCGGUCUACCUGCUGCCGGUCUACCUGCUGCCGGUCUACCUGCUGCUGGUCAUCUACCUGCUGCUGGUCUACCUGCUGCUGGUCUACCUGCUGCCGGUCUACCUGCUGCCGGUCUACCUGCUGCCGGUUUACCUGCUGCUGGUCGUCUACCUGCUGCUGGUCUACCUGCUGCUGGUCUACCUGCUGCCGGUCUACCUGCUGCUGGUCUACCUGCUGCUGGUCUACCUGCUUC